CGAAUGAGAUUUGUGAGGCGCAUAUUUAUCUGGUGCUUCCUUGUACCAUAUUUAUGUGUCUAAAUAAUAAUAAUAAUAGUCAGUGAAAUGUAAACUGUUUUUAUUUUGAUAAUGUUCUCGCAUCUUGAUCAUUUUAAAAGUAAUUAUAAUUUCAAAUCUGUUAUGGGUUUAUUUUUUCCAGGAAUCAUGUAUAGACUGGAUCGUUUAAUACCAAGUUCGAUUAACUUUGCACAUACAGAUACUAUGUAUAAAUUGGAAAAUUUUUACCAUCUUGAUAAAGAAAAUGAUUCAUCGUCGUGCCUUCAAAUAUCAACUGAAGGUGUUUCUAAUGAAUUAACUGAACGUGAUAAAAGUCUUCUUAAAGAGCUUGGUCAAUUAGACGAUAAUAUAUCAUCCCUUUUAAACAUGUUUAAAAGUUAUAAUCCUAAAAAUAAUUCCAAUCUUGGUGAUGCUUCAAAAUCUAGCAACUUUAUUUCUGAGCUUCGUCAGUUAACAUAUCAUAUUUCAAAUAUUUCGAAUCAUUAUAAAGGGAAUCUUGUUAAAGAUGUACAACACGACAACAUUCACAAAGAACUAAGUAAAUUAGAUCUAGAGUUAGAUGAUAUUUUGAGUAUGUUCACAAAUUAUUCUCAUUCUCAACAUAUUAGUAGGACAACGACAAACAGUACUCCAACAACUUCAAACAAUUCUACUACUGUCCCUAAAGAAACUUCCACGCUUAUUAUUCAGUGUAAUCCAAAUAGUCCUCCAUUAUCGGUAUUCGAAAUAGUAUAUAUAUAUAAGCUCACUGGUAGGAUUAUGCAAUACUGCGACUAGCAAAUUUCAU